CUUUUUUGAAAUAUCGCAGUAUUUUGUAAUACUGACAGAUUUCAUUUUCAGUUUAUAACUGUUAGAAUUAUUAAAUAUGUACAUUUUUUGUUACAGUUUCAUUACUUGAGCUACAUAUUUGAUAUUCUCUUCAAAAUAGAUCAUGGGUAGUAGGCAUUUACAUCAUAUAGGGCAAGUGUAUAAUUUCUAAGCACAAUCUCCUUUAUAGAUAGACAUUUUUGCUUAUUCAAAACAAUUUUGAAAUAAGGGGGGAUAAACACAUUUAUAUGAACGUUUUAACGAACAAAUCAUUUUGAAGUAUAAGGACAGAAAAUGUGUCGGUUCGAUUUUAGUGUGAUAUCUUUAAACAACAUUUCUUAUAUGCUGCAAGGAGUAAAAAGGUAUAUGUUUGAAUACUUUUUAUUUUUGUUUUAACAAAGGCAACUUCAUGUUGAUUUUUUUUUAAACUAAGAGUUCUUUAUCAAGGAAAGUUGUUACAUAACAAUUUGAAUUUACCUUGAUUCUGACCCUUUGAAAUAAGGCAACAAGAAUGACCCAUUUAAGUUAGUUAUCUCUAAUACUGAUGGACGGAAGAACAUCAUGAAAACUGUGUUGGUCUUAUUGCUUUGUAUUUAUAUUUUUACAGGACCGGUAAAAUGUCAGUGUCCGAGCGGAUGGACGAUGAAUGACGAGAGCUGCUACUUUUUGCACACUCACGAUAGAUACGAUUGGGCAGAGUCACAGACAUUUUGCGACGGUCACCACUCUCAUCUUGUGUAUAUAGAAAGCAAAGCUGAAAAUGACUUUCUAAAGGGCAUGAUAAGCCAGAGGCUGAGUAACAGCACAGACCGUAAAGACCAUGUCUGGCUUGGAGCUACAGAUGAAAUAGAGGAAAGAAAGUUUGUAUGGUAUUACAUUGAACAACCGGUGACCUUCACCGACUGGGGACCAAAUGAGCCCAACAGUAACCCGAUAUAUGGGGAUGAGGAUUGUCUGGUAUCCUGGGCACACUAUAACUGGAAGUGGGCAGACCUUAACUGUCAUGCAGUAAAUUAUUUCAUUUGUGAACGACCUGUUGAAAGUGGUUCAGUUGUCGGAUAAUUUGUCGGAACAGUGCAUCUCUUUGUUCUUUAACAGUGCAAAGUUUGUGUAUGACAUGAAAUAAAUUAUACAAUGUU